AUCCGAACCAAAUUCCCUCGUCCUCUGCUUCCCACAUUCCUUCAUCUUUCUCUCUCUUCCCGCUUUUUUUCCAUUCCCCCCAAAAUUCAGAUCUCAUCUCACCUCUCUGAUUCAAUUCCUCUUCUCAAUUUCACUCAGCUCCGCUUCACAUUUCUUUCGCUUCUCCCUCACUGAAAACCCCCAAUUCUUCAAAACCCCGGCAAGGGCUUCAAAUCGAACUUUUUUUUCUUUUUCCUUGGAAUAUAACGGAGAUUAUCGGGAAUCGGGAAAUUUCCGGAGUUUUGGGAGAAAGGUUUGUGCUUUGCAGAUCAUGCAGCAGCAACAGCAGGAGGCUCUGAAGCGUCAGCAGCUGCCGUUCGCGGCGGUGCAGCCGCCGUUUGGGGAUUACCACCGGUUCUCCGCUGACCCGCGCCACCGGGCUUCUCAAGAAGCUGAAGGCAUCGUCGUAAAGACUCCACCAUUGAAGCGGAAGAAUGAGACAAUGAAUCACAAUCAGGUGUCUGGCGAUGAGAACCCAGGUUUUGUAUAUUCUCUCAACAGCCCACUGCAAACCCCAGUUUCAGGGAAAGCUGGAAAGACACAGAAAAUGCCCAGGACAUCAAAGGCUAAUAGGUCUGCAUCUCAAUCUGCUGCAAAUGUUGGAUCUCCUUCUGGCAACAAUACCACUCCAGUUGGUCCAUGUCGGUAUGACAGCUCCCUAGGUCUAUUAACAAAGAAGUUCAUUAAUCUUAUCAAGCAUGCAGAAGAUGGCAUUAUUGAUCUAAACAACGCAGCUGAUACAUUAGAGGUCCAGAAAAGGCGUAUCUAUGACAUAACAAAUGUCCUGGAAGGCAUUGGUCUAAUAGAAAAGAAACUAAAGAACAGAAUUCAAUGGAAGGGCCUAGAUGUGUCAAGAACAGGAGAGCCUGAUGAAAGUGUUCUUAGCUUACAGACAGAAGUGGAGAGCUUGACCUUGGAGGAGCGUAGAAUAGAUGAACAGAUCCGAGAAAUGCAAGAAAGGCUGAGGGACCUGAGCGAAGAUGAAAACAAUCAAAGGUGGCUUUUUGUUACUGAAGAUGAUAUUAAGAACUUGCCCUGUUUUCAGAAUGAAACACUCAUAGCUAUUAAAGCUCCACAUGGCACCACCUUAGAAGUUCCAGAUCCCGACGAGGCCGUUGAUUAUCCACAGAGGAGAUAUAGAAUAGUUCUGAGGAGCACCAUGGGUCCCAUAGAUGUUUACCUUGUCAGCCAAUUCGAGGAAAAGUUUGAGGACAUAAAUGCUUUCGAAGCACCACCAAACAUCCCUUCAACACCAGGGGCCAAUGAAAAUGCAACUACAACUAUAGAAAUCGAAAGCAGAGAAAAUGAAGUUGGUGUGCAGGAAAACGAAACAGAAAGAAUGUCCUCAGAUGUUGGUACAUCACAGGACUUUGUGUCUGGAAUUAUGAAAAUUGUUCCCGAUGUUGAUAAUGAAGCAGAUUACUGGCUCUUGUCAGACGCGCCUGAUGUUAGCAUUACUGACAUGUGGACUGAAUCUGAAAUUGACUGGAAUGGCUUGGGUACACUCCCCGAAGAUUACACCAUGGCAACUGUGAAUACACCGCCUGCCCAACCUCCACCGCCCACCAAACCACCUUCCACAGCUAACACCAGCAACAGCUAAGUCGCCUGCAUUUCCGAGUGAUGCUCAGGCUCGGUAUGUUCUCAUUGUCCCGGCUACAUAACAACUUCUAAACCUCAUUAGUGGUGAAGGCGAGGGGAAUGCUGCCAGGACUGUUAUGUUGUACAUUUUUCCAGCGAAGAGUUGAGACGACAGGAGGGUUGCUUAGCUUGUUGUACAGUUUCUGUUAACCAAAUACUACAUGUAAUACCUACCAAUAAAUGAACAGAUCAAAGCCCUGCCUUGUCCAUGAUUAGCCGUGUGUAUUUCUCAUUCUAGGCUUGUUUAUAUCAUGCAUCAAACUUGUCUAGGUAAUAGAAUGUCUGUAAACUCAUUGUAGUAUUGUACUGUCUGUUGAGCAAUGGAUAAUCUUUAAUAUGUUCUUGUAUAAGUGUUGUGUUGAAUGAAGAACAACCAGAACAGAUUACAAGGCGUAAGCUAUU